UUGCUAUCAAAAGCUUUAUUUAUGGCCAGAAGAAGUGUUUUAUAAUCUCAUUAAAAACAAAUUACCUGGGAUGCAUCAUGUUUUCAAGCAUUGGCCUCAGCAGUAUCUCGCGAAUGAGAGGAGCUCUGGUUCAUUUUCCUUUGUAUGAAGUGCCCUUCUUUUACCUGUCUUCUCUACCUACCUUGAGCUGUCUCCCUCUUGCUUUCACCAGCUGUCUCAUUGUGCGGGUGGACACUGGAAGAAGUGGAGGACAGAGCAGAAGAUACACAAACUGCACAGGAUAUUUCCAAAGUGAACAGGAUUCACAGCUGGUUGCUCUAAACACAGAUUUCUGUUUCAACAGCUGCUGAAGGGCAAGAGUGAUGUCCUGAAAGAGAGCUCAUGUUUUGCUUGCAUUAAUUGAAUGUUAUUUGGACUUUUGAAUCAAUCCUUCCCUUACCAUCCCAGCCACUUACAGAAGAAGGCACCUUCUAACCCCUCAGCAGGAUGAACAAGACCAAGGGAGCUUUUGAUAGCCCAGAACUUUGGAGCCCAGAUUGCAUGCAGAGCAGCACCUCUCUGACUAGUCUGGCACCACCCUUUGUGUUUGGACAGGCUAUGGACACAGCCCUGAACGUAAUCCUUAUCGUGGUCCUCUUCAUCAUCACAGUGUCUCUGGGAUGUACAAUGGAGACAGCCCAGAUCACAGCUCACCUCAGGAGACCUAAAGGUGUGGCAGUGGCCAUAAUGGCUCAGUACAGCAUCAUGCCCUUGACAGCAUUCAUAUUGGGCAAGCUCUUCCAGCUGGGCACCUCAGAAUCCCUGGCCAUCCUCAUCUGUGGCUGCUGCCCAGGGGGAAACCUCUCCAGCAUUUUUAGCCUGGCACUGAGAGGGGACACGAACCUCAGUGUUGUAAUGACGGCGUGCUCCAUGGUCCUGGCAGUUGGAUUAAUGCCACCGCUCCUGUACCUUUACUCGGGAGGACUGUAUGAGGGUGGCUCGGACAGCAAGGUACCUUACAAAGGAAUAAUCACCUCCCUGGCGCUGAUGCUAAUCCCCUGUGCCAUUGGCAUCAUCUUGAAUGAGAAGAAACCACAGUACACUGGCCUUAUCACCAAGGCAGGAAUGAUUAUGCUUCUACUGUCAUCUGCUGCUAUAAUUGUUCUGUCUGUGGCCAACAUGGGAAGCUGUAUCAUGGUUGUCUUCUCACCAUCUCUCCUGGGAACUUGUGCCUUAAUGCCCCUCACUGGAUUCCUGCUGGGCUACGCUGUCUCUGCAGCCUUCAAGCUUAAUGACCGGUGCAGGAGGACAGUGUGCAUGGAAACUGGCGGCCAGAAUGCACAGCUUUGCUCAGCUAUCCUCAAGGUCACCUUCGCCCCAGAGAUCAUUGGCCCCCUGUACUUCUUCCCACUACUCUACUUGCUGUUCCAGCUUGGGGAAGGAUUUCUGCUCAUCCUGGUCUUUCGGAUCCAUGAUAGAAUAAAGCAAGCCAAUGGCAAGUACACCUUUGCUCCUUUCUUAUACUUUCCAUGCUAAGCCACGCUGACAAUAGAACUACCAAUAAAUCGCUGCUUUAUAAAGGCAGAAUCCAGGGGAUUCCAGGGAUUACUUACCCAAAACAUUAAAUUCAAACCAGAUGCAAACAUUACCAAAAUGCAAACAUUA